AAAAAGUCAAUUCCACGGCUCCAUCCAAUAGGAUCUCGCCACUUGGUUCCUGCAAUUUCACCUGUAUUCCUUUUCCCCCAAAACAAGAUUUUCGAUUCUAUUCGGACAUCUUCUAUUGAAUCCGUCAGCGUGGGACUCUCUCCUCCUCGAUUAAGUUUGGGUCAAAAAAUGGAGGGUGGGUUUGGGGAAUCGAUGAAUAGACAACCCCCAAGCCCUUCGUUUGCAAGCAGUAGCAAUAACAACACUGAUGCUGGAGAUUUUGAGUGUAAUAUUUGCUUCGAUUUGGCUCAAGACCCUAUAGUUACUCUCUGUGGUCAUCUCUUCUGCUGGCCUUGUCUCUACAAAUGGAUUCACAUCCACUCGCAUUCGCACGAGUGCCCUGUUUGUAAGGCUCUCAUUGAAGAGGAGAAGCUGGUUCCCCUAUACGGCCGUGGAAAGAAUUCUACCGACCCUCGCUCUAAGUCAAUUCCCGGAAUGGAGAUUCCACAUCGCCCCACUGGUCAAAGGCCCGAAACAGCUCCUCAACCUGAUCCACAUGCCAAUGCUAAUGCCAAUGCGUUUGCUCACCAAGGAUAUGGAUUUAUGGGAGGCUUUGGCCCCUUUGGUGGUUUUUCGCCUGUGAGUGCUAGGUUUGGAGGCUUCACAUUAUCUGCAGCACUUGGGGGAAUAUUCCCGUCAAUGUUUAACAUUCAAGUGAAUGGAUUCCCGAAUCCCAACAUGUAUGGAGCAGGCCAUGGUUUCCCGUACGGGUAUCAUAAUCCAUUCCAUGGUGCACAUGCUCAUGGAUUCCCUCAUCAUCAAAACCAGGAACAGCAAGUGGAUUCCAACUUGAAGCUCCUAUUCUUGGUGAUCGGAUUCUGUGUGCUUCUAAGUUUAAUUUGGGGUUGAGGUUGCUCAUCAACUCUUGAAGUGGAGGAAAAAGUAAAUCAAAGAGCUGAAUGCUUUGAAGUUUGUUGUAUCUGGAAAACAAUUUUAGUGAAAUCAUGUAAACUCUUUGAUGUGGUGGAAAAGUAAAAUCAAAUGAAACAAUUCAUUAUCUGGAGAUCAUGUUUGAUGUACUAACUGGAAAAAGGAUUGGAUGGGCAAAGUGUCUAGCCAUUUAAACAACAUAGUUUGUAUUUCUGCAAAACAAUUUCAUUUUAUUAAAAUAAAUAUUUUUUCUUUUCUUUUC